GAGAGGUGCUUGCUCGCUCACCUGCAACAACUUGUGAUUAACUUCCUUAUUGUGAUACAAUUUUUAUCGACCAUUAAAAAAAUGGCAAUGACUUGCAAGAUUUUGUUUGUGUUGACACUAGCAACAGUCAACGGCCAGAUGUUGGAACAUCGUGAUUUGGUUGCUAUGAAUGCAUCGUGUUCAGUUGAGGGGUUUUGUGACGGUAGUGAUUACAAGAGUAGAGAAAACUGUUACUGUGAUGACCUGUGCGCGGAGUAUGGCGAUUGUUGUCCUGACUCAUUCCACUACAGACGGGAAGAUCAGGUCCGGCCAGAAAAGUACGGGUGUGUGAGUGUGGGUUAUCGCAGCGUUUACAUGAAGGACACGUGCAUGUCAGGGUGGCAGGACGAGGAGGUAGCCCAGCUGUGCCUGGCUGGCUCCCCGGCAAAUAUCUCCAGCAGCAGGGACCCGCUGGCCCACCUCCCCGCCACCAGCAACACCACCUCCGUCACCUACACCAACUACUACUGCGCCAUCUGCAACAACGACUCUCAUGACCUCACACUCUGGAAGACAGAACUGCAGUUUGACCUGAGUAUGAAACAUCCUUCAGAUCAACAGAAUAACUUAACCGAAUACAUAACUUCUCAUUUAUUGUUCGCAAACGGAACUUGGGGUGCAUUUAUUCCCUUAAAUAAUACAGAUAUAUUUAAAACAAUUAAUAUUAACAUUGUAAUCCCUAGUAUUACAAGGGACUGCGACUCCACCAUCAGGUCGUGUGCUGAGAACUGGAAGGACGCUUCUGUUGCUGCUCUGUGUCACUCUUACACGGCAGUGAGGUAUGUGGGUUUCAUUGCCUAUAGGAACCCCCAUUGUCUUCUAUGUAACAACCACCAAUUCUCUAAAAGUAGUUGUCAGACUUAUAGCUAUUCAAUAGUUGCACAUGGUUUCAUUAUUGUAGUUGAUAUGAAUGACAGUAGUGGUAGUAAUAUUGUCGGAUUUACAAACACUUGCCAGUCCGACGAAUCUCAUGAUAUUUUUUUAAAGACGUGUAGAAACACGAGGAAAAAUGUGAAUCAAACAUAUACAGGCGACAAGUGCAUAGAUGAUGAUGUUGAAGGAACAACCAACAGCUCGGAUGCCUCGACUUGUUCUUCAUACACCACAGGCAGUAACAGGACGACUUGUGAAUUUAAAGAAACUCUUAAGUGUGAAAAAAAAUGCCUAAUUAAAGGGAAAUUCACGUUGUACGAGAACAGAACAGUGUACAUAGAGCCUUACGACCGAUGGUACCAUGCGGGAGGGUACGAGAUUACUAAUGGCGGCGUCCUGGUGUGCUCGACACAGACACAAACAGAAAAGUUCUCCGCGGUGAUGGGUUGGGUCUCACUGGCGGGUCUUGGGCUGUCCUGCCUUUGUCUCCUGCUUCACCUGGCUGCCUUCCUCUUGGUGCCUCGUCUUAGGAACCUCCCGGGCAAGUCCUUAGCGUCCCUCUGCCUGUCUCUUCUCACCGCCUACACCAUCUUCAUCUUCAGCACCUUCAUCAAGCCUAGAACGACAGGAUGUUACAUCUCGGGAGUUAUCAUGUAUUACUCCUUCCUCGCCUCCUUCUGCUGGAUGAAUAUCAUGGCCUUUGACGUGUGGCUGACAUUUCGACAAGCUAAAGAUGAGCUGCGAGUGUCAUCUGGGAGACAGCGAAGCAAGUUCUUAUUUUACUGUGUGUACGGCUGGCUGCUUCCCGCCCUCGCUGUGGCCGUCACAGUAACCCUUGAUAAGAUCGCCCCUGCAGGUCUUCCCUCAGAGUUUCUGCCCAACUUUGGUCAAUCUUUGUGCUGGUUCGGGCAGCGCAAGGCCUUAAUAGUGUUCUUUGCUGCUCCAUUAUUCGUAAUUAUGGCUGUCAAUGUUGUGUUUUUCCUUUUUACUUCAUAUACCAUCGGUGCCAGCAGAGAGCCGACGUUACGGAGCUCGUGUCCACAAAACAAGAAACAGUUUCUGCUGUAUGUGCGACUGGCCGUGCUGAUGGGCCUCUCCUGGAUCACUGGCAUCGUGGCUGGCUACCUGCAGCUGGAGGCCGUCUGGUACGUCUUCGUGGUCCUCAACACUCUGCAGGGAGUCUUCAUCUUCUUGACCUUCACCUGCAGGAGCAAAGUGUGGCUGGCAGUGCAGGAGCUCUGUUUCAAGGAAGCUAAAUCACAUUCGGGUACAAGUAUGACGCCGCCGCGGCCAGGUCUGACGUCAGACAUUAUAGACAGUUCUCGAAUAUCAAUAGACACAGAGUUAUCCAGCAUGUAGCUCGCCUUUCAAGGCUCUCGCGGCUGUACGUGUAUGUCUAACCCAGUAAAAGUUUAAAAUAUGUUUUAAUGUGUCCAAAUCAGUAAAAUUUGUUGAAAAUGACAUAUAUAGUGGAAAAUUUGUUAACGGUAGGUAGUAUAAUAAAAUUCAACAAAAUAUGGAAUCAGUGGUGAAUGUGGAAAAAGCAUUAUAGUAUCCGAGGUGAAUUAAAUUUAUAUUUUCACAGUAGUACGGUUGACAAUUUUAUAUAUAUAUAUAUAUAUAUAUAUAUAUAUAUAUAUAUAU